GUGACGGGGGAGGACUGUCGUUACGACACGGUCUGUCUUCUGCGCUUGAAAACUGGAACCUCGGUUUAAAAUGGAGUUCCCAGCUAUUUCACAGGACUCGUGACUGUUAAAGAGCAAGAUCAUGACGUGUGUUUCUCAUCUACUGGGUGUAUUUUUGACCAUUUACUCCGUGUGUUAUGUUUCCAGUGGAAAACGAUGCAAGACAAUCAUUUGAAUAUGGCAAAUGAGAGAUGAGCGCGAUGAAGCCCACGAGGAAUGUGAUGCUGGUGCUCUGUCCCAUGCUGGUGCUCGGCUUCCUGUACUAUUCAUCUGGGAGACUGCAUCUCUGUUACUGGGGCCAAAGAUCACAGGUGGACAUGGACAGCUCAUCCUCCGUGGGACGGCUAAUAGCCGCAAGUAUAGUGUUUGACAAGCAGGGAUUCCUCAUUAAGUCUGACGGGAAACUGCCACUGGAGCUGCAGUAUAAGUAUGGAAAUCUGAGUAAAGGAGAAUGUAAACCUGGCUAUUCUGAGGCCAAGAUGACUUCAAUCUAUCCAAGGUUUGUGAGACCAGCCUCGAUGUUCCUUGAUAAGACUUAUAAACGGCUGUCAAAGAUCAGCCUCUACCCGCCACCCUUCGGGAUUAAAUCACAAGAAAAGAUAAUCGACCUCAUUUUAGGUCAGACGAAGAACUACGGGCUUGCAGCUGACCUGGACAGUAUGAGCUGUAAGAGGUGUAUCAUCAUUGGCAAUGGAGGGAUCCUUUUUAACAAGUCCAUGGGCUCCAAAAUUGAUGAGUACGAUGUGGUCAUAAGGCUGAACGGGGCUCCAGUGAGCGGUUAUGAGAAGGACGUGGGAUCUAAGACCACAAUGCGCAUCACAUAUCCGGAAGGAGCUAUUCAGAAACUCGAGCUCUAUGAGAAGGGUUCUCUAUUCGUCCUUUCUGCCUUCAAACCACCUGACUUCAAAUGGCUCAGGCACAUGGUCUUCAAGGAGAAACUGCAAGUAUCACGGCGUGGGACAGAUGGUUUCUGGAAGUCGGUGGCGCGUGCCGUGCCCAGGGAAGCAGCAGACAUUAGGAUACUAAACCCGUAUUUCAUCCAGGAGGCAGCGUUUCAGUUCAUUGGUCUGCCACACAACAAUGGCCUCAUGGGUCGUGGGAAUAUCCCAACACUGGGGACGGUGGCAAUCACAAUGGCGCUGCAUAACUGUGACGAGGUGGCAGUGGCUGGAUUUGGCUACGACAUGAGCAAACCUCAUGCACCCCUGCAUUACUACGAGAAGCUCAAGAUGUCCGCUAUCAAAGAUUCAUGGACACACAACAUAUUAAAAGAAAAGGAGUUUCUGCGGAAGCUGGUGAUGGCCGGUGUAAUUCAGGAUCUGACCAAUGGGAUCUUGCACUAAUAUGGAAAUGAUAUUAAUGACUCGCAACUACCUGGCAUCUGAGUGUGCGGCCUUCACAGAUUCACUCAGCUGAUUUUUCAGCAUGGUCGUUCAAAGACUCCAUUCAUCACAAAUCGGUAGUAUGUACUGUAAUGGUGUGCUUUUACACUAUACAAUUCUCGAAUCUCGCUUUUCAAAUGUUUUAAAGGCAGAGUGAGGGACACUCCUUUGUUUUUAUUUAGUAUCUCAGUUAUUAUUAGUGAUGUUAAGCACUGACGGCUGCAGGAAACGCACAACAUCAUUAACAUCACAUCAGUAAAACACACCUUCUGACAAGUCAUGUAUACUAUAGCAUCAUUUUACAGGACACAUAUCCUAUAUUGUAUUUAUUUUUAGUUUUUAAUUUAAUUUUAAGUCUGUUGUUCAUUUUACAUGACAUUUCUUAUGAGCACCAAUCUUUCUAUCUUUCUCGCAAGUGAAAUGAGGUACAGCACAUCCCCAUUAAAAAUUAGAUAAAUAAUACCAUCUAUGAGUUAAAUGCUGUCAUGAUGAUUUAAAAAAAAAAAGAUGGGUGAAUUGUUAUUUGAUUUUUAGACUAUGUACAAUUCCCAAAUAGAUUACGAAGGUGAAAUGGGUGGGGCCUGCUGUAAAGUGAAUGUAUAAUAUAGUCAAUUCUGUCAGGUCAAAGAAGAAAAAAAAAAACAUGGUGUGAGUGGCACAUUUCAAAACUUUACGUAUAUUUAGCUCUUGCAUUGAGGUUACCUUCAAUUUGCUCUAUAAGCUCAGUUAUAGGGUAAGAGCUUUAUAUUUUCUUUUACAAAUGUGCACUUUGUUCAGUGAUGGAGUAAGGUCACUGGUGUAAAUGUAAUUCAACAAAUCGACUGAAUCGUAAAAAUGGGGUUAUUGCUGUAGUAGAGAAAGAGGCAACAGCGUCAGAAGCAGCAGGUCCAGUUCACACCUAGCCUUCCCUGUAGUCGUCCACAAUUAAAGAUUAAAGACAACAAAGGGGAGGGAGUGUCAGUUUUUGUUGUUGUUAUUUUGUUUGUUUUUUUAUUUUGUUUUUUGUAUUUAUGUAUACGUUUUUCAAGUUGCAUUGCUCUGUUUACCUCUGUAUGACAUGUGCUUUACUUCCACACAGCUCCAAGCUUUAAUAGAGUUCACCUCAACUUUGGGCUGCUUGCUCUGCAGUGUUACAGCAGAGAUGAUCAGGACUGUGUUUCUCCUUUGUGUUCUUUGUGCACACUAGCAGGACUAAAGGGGGUUGUGUUACAUUGUUGAAAACAUGUUUUUCUCAAUCAGCCUGUGAUUAAAUCUGCUGCAGUAUGACCAAUCAGUAUCAUUAAAAUAGUAAGAAUUUGUUA